CGCACGCUCUCUCUUUCUCCCCCAAAUCGCCUCCCGCCGUAACCCUAACCCUAGCUCGCUUGAUCCAACUCGCAAGGCUCGAUCUCCUGAUGGCAGCUACGGUGGAGCUUCAGAUUUGACUCUGCACGGCACUCUACUAUGGUGGUGGCGGCGGCAGAUGGAUGGGGAUAGCAGUUGCGGCGGCGGCGGCGAACGAGGGAGCACACCGCAGCCACAGAAGCAUGCUUCGGCGGGCCCAAGGAAGAACUACAAAAAGGCAGCUGAUAGAGGGAUGUCACCAGCCAAGAAGAGACUCAAGUUUGCACCAGAUCCUAUAGUAAGAUCUGUAACUGGAAGCAACCAGCUAAGAAGUGAGCAAAACUGUCACCACAAGGAGGAGUUCGAGGCUCUUAACAAACCCUGCUUGCAACACCAGGAGCAAGAAGAUGAAAGACCUGUGACUGGAAUCAUUUACUGCUGUUUUUGUUGUUUAACAACUAUUUGUGAACUUGUUAUCUGCUAUCUUAAGUGUGUGAUGCUGAAAUUGUGAACUUAUGUAAUGGUGAACUUGUGAGCUACUAUCUUGAAUGUGCAAUGCUCCUUUUGAAUAUUAUGUGAGCUGCUAUCUUGUGAGA